GGGAGGAUACAGAGAUCUUAUGAUGAUGAUAAGCUUCAUAAGAAAGACAGAGGACUUUGAAAUAAGGAAUGAUUGCCUACACCUUACUCUAAUACCUGUGUAGUAACAGCGUAUUCAUGUAAUAUCAAUAGACUGUAAUACGGAUGGUUAGCAAUAUGGAUGGUUACAUAACGAUGCCUGCCACUGACUACCUCUCUACGGCUCCAUACCACGUGAACACUUUAGCUGCCUUGAUCUCCUCUCUUCACUGCACUGUUAGACAACCGCGCGUGAUUUCCAUGGGAACGUCGUCACGCAAAAGGAAAUUACCGGGUUUGCUUGGUCAGUGGGCUUGGUUGGUUGACAGUAAUCUUGUUAUGGCUGCAAAGGGACAAAAGAGGGCUGACCCUACUGAGCUGAAAGCUAUUUUCAUAAAGUAUGCCAGCAUCCAGAAGAACAAUGAGGCCUUCAUGUCUCCAGAGGACUUUGUGGCCCGGUUUCUCUAUGCACACACUGACAUCAGGCUGUCUGACGAGGCCACCUCACUGCUGGCUGGGGUGGUGGACCAGAAGAAAGAUGGGUUGAUCUCCUUCCAGGAAUUUGUGGCCUUUGAGUCGGUCCUCUGUGCUCCAGAUGCGCUCUACGUGGUUGCCUUCCUGCUGUUCGACAAGACGGGCAAAGGAGCAGCCACCUACGAGGACGUAAAGCAGGUCUUCAGCCAGACCACCAACCAUCAGCACAUCCCCUUUAACUGGGAUUCUGAGUUCAUGCGGCUGCACUUUGGCAUGGAAAGGACCAAGCACCUCAGCUAUGGAGAGUUCACCCAGUUCCUCCUGGAGAUGCAGCUGGAACAUGCGCGGCAGGCCUUUGUUCAGAGGGACAAGGCCCACAGCGGCUCCAUCUCCGCCCUGGACUUCAGGGACAUCAUGGUCACCAUCCGGCCCCACAUGCUCACACCCUUUGUGGAGGAGAGCCUGGUGGCGGUGGCCGGGGGCAGUACAUCUCACCAGGUCAGUUUCUCCUACUUUAACGGCUUCAACUCUCUCCUCAACAACAUGGAUCUCAUUAGGAAGAUCUACACCACACUGGCUGGGAGCAGUAGAGUCCUGGAAGUCACUAAAGAGGAGUUCAUCAUUGCGGCCCAGAGGUUUGGUCAGGUGACUCCAAUGGAACUGGACAUCCUGUUCCAACUGGCCGACCUCUCUGAGUCCCGGGGCCGUGUUGGUCUGGUGGACAUUGACAGGAUAGCUCCACUGGAGGAGGGGGCCCUCCCAUACAACCUGGCCGAGGUCCAGAGACAGCUGUCCGGUGGUGACCCGUCCCGAUCUGUUCUCAUCCAGGUAGCAGAGUCCGCCUACAGGUUUGGCCUCGGCUCCAUCGCUGGCGCUGUGGGAGCCACAGCAGUGUACCCCAUAGACCUAGUGAAGACCAGGAUGCAGAACCAGAGGACCACAGGCUCCCUGGUGGAAGAGCUCAUGUACAAGAACAGCUUGGACUGCUUCAAGAAGGUGCUGCGCUACGAAGGCUUCUUCGGCCUCUAUAGAGGUCUGGUACCACAGCUACUGGGUGUGGCCCCGGAGAAAGCCAUAAAGCUGACAGUGAAUGACUUUAUCAGAGGGAAGGCCAGGCAGAAAGAUGGAUCAAUCCCUGUGCCUGCUGAGAUCCUGGCUGGUGCAUGUGCGGGUGGAUCCCAGGUGAUCUUCACCAACCCUCUGGAGAUUGUGAAGAUCCGCCUGCAGGUGGCUGGAGAGAUCACCACCGGCCCCCGCGUCAGCGCCAUAUCUGUCAUCAAGGACCUGGGUUUCUUUGGCCUCUACAAGGCAGCCAAAGCCUGUUUCCUGCGAGACAUCCCCUUCUCAGCCAUCUACUUCCCCUGCUAUGCGCAUGUCAAGGCCUACAUGAGUGAUGAGGAUGGGAGGAUCGGACCAGGCAAGCUGCUGUUUUCAGGGGCCAUAGCAGGCAUGCCCGCGGCUUCCCUGGUGACCCCGGCCGACGUUAUCAAGACCAGGCUACAAGUGGCGGCCCGUGCCGGCCAGACCACGUACACCGGUCUCGCUGACUGCUUCUGGAAGAUUCUGAAGGAGGAGGGACCACGGGCCUUCUGGAAAGGAGCGGGAGCCCGAGUGUUCCGGUCCUCGCCCCAAUUUGGGGUCACCCUGGUGACCUAUGAACUCCUGCAGAGGUGGUUCUACAUUGACUUUGGCGGACAAAAGCCGUCUGGUUCGGAGCCGACUCCCAAGUCUCGCAUCAGCCUGCCGGCGCCCAGCCCCGACCACAUUGGAGGUUUCAGGUUGGCCGUGGCCACGUUCGCUGGCACCGAGAGCAAAUUUGGACUCCACCUCCCAAGAUACAACGUUCAAGUAACCCCCCCGUCCAAGAAGGACGCCCCUUGAAUUGAACCCCCUCUGCCCAUACGUAGGGGGCAGAAUAGAGCACACGUGCAAUCAUUACACCCUCUCCCCCCCACCCCCACCCAGUCGAGCACUUGGAAUAUUCCACCCGAAAGAGAAGCACAUUGUGAGUAUUAUGAUUUGCCUCUCUAUUCUUUAAAGAUAAAUAUGUUUCUGUUUUAGUUGAUGAGAAUUUUUUUUAAACCUAUUAUGAUCUUCUGGAAUGUACCUUUCUACAUCAUUGUCUAGAAACACAAAAACGUUGUUUUAGCUUCUGUUUGAGUCAGUCUUAUUGUGAAGAUCAAGUGAUAUCUACAGUACUGACAAUGUGUGUCUAGAGUCGUGUUCCAGUUGUCUUUUCAUACAGUAAUAUGCACAAUAGGGGAGGGGCUGGCAAUGACUUGAAUUAGACCUGGACUGCUUCCUUUCAUUACAUCAUUAAGGCCGGGACUCAUUCAAAAGUGCAUUGUCAACAUGUGCAUUGCACUUGCUUUUAAAGGUCAUUUACACUUGAGCCGACAUAUACCGUAUUUACCAUGAUGGCCAUCUCUUUAAAAGACACUUGAUAGUUCAAUGUGCUUGUCUACAACGUGCCUUUGAUUGAAUCUCGGUCUAACCAUCACUUUAUAUGAUGGUGCUUUUACUGUCUUCCACCUGAGAGUCUGAUAGAUACCAAACAGAAUGAGCCCUAUCCGCAGGAUGGGGAUAGUAGCACAAGUACACACAUCAGAAUGACGGUUCUACUGCACAUCCGAAUGACGGUUCUACUGUACAUAUGAAUGACGGUUCUACUGUACAUAUGAAUGACGGUUCUACUGUACAUAUGAAUGACGGUUCUACUGUACAUAUGAAUGACGGUUCUACUGUACAUAUGAAUGACGGUUCUACUGUACAUAUGAUUGACGGUUCUACUGUACAUAUGAGAACGGAACAGACAUAUGAAUGACGGUUCUACUGUACAUAUGAAUGACGGUUCUACUGUACAUAUGAAUGACAGUUCUACUGUACAUCCGAAUGACGGUUCUACUGUACAUAUGAAUGACGGUUCUACUGUACAUCCGAAUGACGGUUCUACUGUACAUCCGAAUGACGGUUCUACUGUACAUCCGAAUGACGGUUCUACUGUACAUAUGAAUGAUGGUUCUACUGUACAUAUGAAUGACGGUUCUACUGUACAUAUGAAUGACUGUUCUACUGUACAUAUGAAUGACGGUUCUACUGUACAUAUGAAUGACGGUUCUACUGUACAUAUGAGAACGGAACAGACAUAUGAAUGACGGUUCUACUGUACAUAUGAGAACGGAACAGACAUAUGCAUGACGGUUCUACUGUACAUCCGAAUGACGGUUCUACUGUACAUAUGAGAACGGAACAGACAUAUGAAUGACGGUUCUACUGUACAUAUGAGAACGGAACAGACAUAUGCAUGACGGUUCUACUGUACAUAUGAAUGACGGUUCUACUGUACAUCCGAAUGACGGUUCUACUGUACAUCCGAAUGACGGUUCUACUGUACAUAUGAAUGACGGUUCUACUGUACAUAUGAAUGAUGGUUCUACUGUACAUAUGAAUGACGGUUCUACUGUACAUAUGAAUGACGGUUCUACUGUACAUCCGAAUGACGGUUCUACUGUACAUAUGAAUGACGGUUCUACUGUACAUAUGAAUGACGGUUCUACUGUACAUAUGAAUGAUGGUUCUACUGUACAUAUGAAUGACGGUUCUACUGUACAUAUGAAUGACGGUUCUACUGUACAUAUGAAUGACGGUUCUACUGUACAUAUGAGAACGGAACAGACAUCUGAAUGACGGUUCUACUGUACAUAUGAGAACGGAACAGAGAGACACAUUUACAUAUUGAUACAGUUCACCAAGUCUCUUUUUGGAUACUGAGAAGAAACUAAUAAUCUUGAUCUUGAACUUCAUUUGCGAGAAAAUAUAAAUGAUUGACCAACCAAAACGCUUGAAUGUAAUAUACUGUUCACUAUUACCACCACUUGCACAAGGUAUUACUACUACACCUACAAUGGUAUUGUCUGUUAUCCUUAGUUGUCUCAGUCAGAUCAAACUGGGCUGUGUGUUGUAUACAUGUUUAUUUAAAGAAUCAUCAGGGUACAACAGAGCAGGGGGAGAGAGUAGAGAGAUGUGGGGUAUUCCAGAAAGCAGGAUUAUCAAAUUAUCCAGUUAACUUUGAUAAACAACCACAUAUUAUUUUCCGGUUGAUUAAGAACACUACAUUUGUAUACUCGUUGUUGUUGCCGAGUCAAUUAUAUCUUGUCAAUUUUAAGGGCUCUAUUCAAUCCAUAUCCCAGAAGUUCAGCUUUAAAGCGUGAUUGACAAGUAAAGGCAAUGUUCUUGUGGUCACAGUGACUGCAUUCACUGUAAACGCUGCACCGUAAACGCUGCGUAUAUUGGCUCUAUCACAAAUUACCUUUACAUUUCUAGUGCGUAAUCUGUAUCGCUUCAGCGAAAUGAACAGAGCCCCGAGUCUAUAUUUCUCAAAAUAUCUCAUUAUUUUAAGCAAUGUUGGACAGUUAGCUGGCUAACUUAUUUAUCCAGCUUUCUGGAACAGCCCAAUGGUGUCACGAAAGACGUCCGUAUUUAAACUUGUACAGUACAGGAGAGAAGUAGAAUAUGGUGUGAUAAUUGUGCCUUACUGUAUGUAUGGCUUCAAUAUGUAUAUGUACUAAUGAAAUUAAACGUUAGUGAACAAA